AUGCGGCGGAGCGCGGCGGCGUGCUGGGCGCUGGUGCUGUUGGCCGCCACCUUCUGCGACACGGUGGCCGGCAAGGGUGGGCGCGGCGGUGCCCGCGGGGCGGCCCGCGGCGCGGCGCGGGGGGCGGCCCGCAGCCGGCCAAGGGCGGCUGUGCCCCGGUACGGCUCUGCCGGGGCUGCCCUGCGCGUGGCGGGGGCGGCGGCGGCGGGAGCGGCGGCCGGCGUGGCGGCGGGGGCGGCCCUGCGCCGGGCCCGGCUGUCCGGAGAGCUGCAAGCGGGAGACGGCGUCGAGUACCGCGACGGCAACUGGACGGCGGCCGCCAGCGCCUGGACCUCCGCCGCGCCGGCCGGGAGCCCACCGAGCCGGGCGCUGCCCUGGCUCUGCCCGCUGGCCGCCCUCCUCCGCCGCUGAUGGAUUCCGGGGGACCUGACUGUGCCCGGUGCACCCAGGACGCCGCGAGGACCGGCCGCCCCCCACGGGGCUGAGCCCCACGCCCCGGGCGAGCAGCGGCUCCCGGGGACACGGCCACCCACCGCCGGCGGGGCAGGACCCCCGCGGAAGACCCUCCACCACCACCCCUCCGCACCGAGCCAAACCCCGCCGGCUCGGGCACCCCUCUGCACCGCGCCCCUGUCCGUGGCCCUCGCCGUGUCCGGAGGCCGAGGAGGCGGCAAUAAAAUUGGGCGAAAGCA